AUGGCGCAAACGUGUGUUCACCAGAGCUGCGGCAAGUCCUACAACGAGGGCGAGGAGGAUGGUUGCGUGUACCACCCCGGGCCGCCCGUCUUUCACGAGGGCCAAAAAGGCAGGGUGGAAAUGCUGCAAGCCACGCGUCUUGACCUUUGA